AUGAUUAAAACUGGUCGCCGUCUGCCUCCUAAAUCCAACACGAAUCCCCGGCCAUCCAAGCGCCGGAAAACUACACCUAUCCACCCUCCUCAUGAACCCCAUCAUUCAUCCACUUCUCUCUCCCUUAACCCCGUCGUCAACGACACCCCAUCAUCACCACCACCCUCACCAUCUAAGCCUGCCAAAUCGCCAAAGCCUUCUCCACCUUCCUUCACCGAGGUCGAUUCCCUGAGGAAACAGGCAGAGCCCUACCGCCUUGCCGUCGCUGAGCUACCCAUCCAUGUGCUCGACUCCUCCUGGUCUCGCGGUAGUAAUAGGCCCCUCGACCGUAACCAUGUCGCCCAUCUUUGCCGCUCUUUCCAGAAUGGUGGCCUCACACGUCGAGCUGAGCAGCACUUCGUCCAGGUCUCCUGCAGUGCCGCCGCCGUUCAAAAAAUGAUCAACGCCCUCCCAGAUACUGAUCAAAGCCAUGUCCAGGACCGACGUCAGCAUGUGUUAUCGUUCAGAAAUUGGGCCGAUUUCAUUGACGAGAGGCCCGAGCUCAUGGCUGGUCAGCAUCGCAUCGAGGCCUUGAAAGAUUACGUGAAACAGACGCAUUCCGAUUCGAACGAUUUAUGGUGGAUUUGCGAAUUUUACGACAAAGACACUCUACCAGUCGAACUUGACAUCAAGCUUCGUGUCAAUCGCCGUGAUCUCACCCUGCCCGACACCCAUGGCCAAAUCUGGCUACAGCUCGUCUCGGCCUUUGAUCGGGAUCCCACUUUAUUUUCUGUCGAGAGAAAUGUCAACAAGAAGGGUAUCGAGAAAAGCAUGCUCGACAUCUUGUGCCUGACAAGUGAAGCUCGCUUUCCCAUCAGCCGUCUCGUCACGCUGUGGCGAAGCGAGCGGUGGAGACCCCGGGUGACUCGCUGGUGUCGAACCUCCCUGGGGAGAACCACGUUUAACAUUUCAAAAUGGUAUCAGAUUGCAGGGUACAGACUGGAUGAUUAUUGGUUCGAUACGUUCUACCAGGUUCUCGAGACCUUGAGGGCACUUCCUGCCUCUACCUCCGAGUCCAUUCAAAUUUCCGAUUGGAAUGAGCUAGCCGGCAGCCUCAAAAGCGACACCUAUGAUGCUGCGGAUGUUCGCCAGGUCUUUUAUCCCAAGGGUCACGGCAACAAUAACGACGACAGCAACUCCAGCCCAUCGCCCCCUUCCACCAUCAAACCGGCCCAAAAGACAGCUCGGCGAAGUGGAUUUCUAAGCUCCCUCGACAAGGAAGCCUAUGACGGUCUUUGCCGCCAUCUUCAACAGAACCUCACUCUUCGGUUUCCAGAUGUGCAGCCCUUGUUGAAGAUCAAGAAGGAGGAAGGCGAGGUCAUGGCACAGGUCAUUGACCACGUAGUACGUUGGGUAAACACUCAACCCGCAGAUAUCGUCGAUACUCACGAGAACAAUAAGCCCUUACGACGACAGGACUUGGUACCUGCGAUCGAAGGUCUUAUGGUAACUACUCACGGGGAUGAUUGGUGGACUCAGCGGAAGGAAGGUGGUGAUAUCGAUGGCGCUGACGAUAUGGCAUCCUGGCUCGACCUGCGCUCACGAACGCUGGAAAGGAAGGUCCUCGACUACGUCCGCAACCAUAUGACCGAGUUCAGGGAUCCCUCGACGAAACACUAUCUCGACUUGAUGCCAGAAGAACAUGAUGAGCACUAUGCAGAACGCUUCAGUACCGGCGACCUCUGGACGGGUCUAUUUCACAUAGUCCAACACGCCCUUGGUCCUGCAUUUCGUCCGGUGUGGGAGAGUUCGAUCUCUGAACGCGUCGGUACAGAUAACGCGAUUCAUCAACCGCGGUCCGAGAUACGCCACAGACCACCGGCCUCAGCCAUCACACGAGCUAUCUGUAGUCAGCUGGGAAACAUUCCCGAGGUGAAGGGGAAUCCUGCACUGAGAGGCGUGUAUGCCUCAAACGAGCUUGGUGCCUACAUCGAUCAUGCUGUUCUCUCGUGGGCUUCCGAUCGAUGCCGCAAAGCAGUGGAAAACAACGAGUCUGAUGAAGGGCAUCCUUGGUCGAGUGAAGCACUCCGCGCGAUCCAGGUGGCGUAUCAGGGGUACGAGGGGAUCCUGGCAGGAAUGAAAUCAGCCACUGCAAUUUCUGAACACGAUGAUCAGCAGCAACAGCAGCGGCAGUUGCCAUCUUUGCUUCCACCGGAAGAGCGUAUCAGCCACACUUCGAAUGAAGUUCCCUGUCAACAACAGGGCACCGUAUCAUCAUCGAAUCACCACAUCACCAAGCAACCCCCAUCGUCGCAGGGGUCUAUUCCGGUCAACACGGCAGACGGGACACAUCGUGACAGCGGGCGCACAAGGGCCAUAGCCAUGGAAGAAGGCCUACCUCAAAUGCAGCAGCAACAAAAGCAGCAGCGCCAGCAAUCACGGUAUCCUCAACAGCAGUCACCACCAUUGCCGCCACCGCUUGCUGAUAAUGUGACCACUACGAUAAUAUCCUCGCCGCCUCCAGCCCAACGGACGGCAAUGACGAGAAGCCCCCACCACAGAGAUGGCAAACAGGGGAGGAGUUUCGCAGAUUACAGUUACCAGCCACCUCCUCAGAAGUCUUACGUUACAGCUGAAAUCGGCCGUCCGCUGCAAAAACUACCGAAGGGGGAUAUUGGGAGCGGCAGGACCCGCCAAUCACCAGCAACAAGGACAUUACUACCGAACGUGCGGCCAAGCCCUAGCCAAUCCCAGACGACUAGGGCGAAGCAACAACGCCAGCAUCACCGGGAUCAAGUCCUUAGCUCUCAGCUACAGAAGAGAUCGCCCUGGAUGGAUGGUCCUGUAGCGACGUCUGGAAGUAAACGUUGA